UCUUGGAUUUAAUUAGGAAAAGCCACUUGUUAAGAAUUACAAAGUCUUAUUUUUCUAUAAAAACGCAUGUCGUUCUCAAACUUUAAAGCCACCGAGAUCUGCUUUACCAGUUUUUCGAAACGACACGCAUGGUCCCACUUACUACAAAACCAAACCCCAUUAUGCAAAAGCUCUUUUCUUUUGCCUAAACUCUCAGCUUUCACUUUAUACACACAACAAAACUUUAGUGCUUUUCUUAUUUAACCCAAAACCAUUACACAUUUCCAAAAUUUCCUUUCAUUGAUCAUAUAAUUCAUGACAAAUCUCCCUCCUCCACCGCCGUCUCAACCACCUGAAACGCCGCCAUGGGACACACCGUCUUCUGUAUGGUACACUCCAAGAACCACGCCGUGGAGAACACCACAUACCACACAGUCCACACCACUUAACCAAACUGUUUUACCAAACCCACCGGGGGUUAAACUCAACGGUCUUGAUACAGAGCCGAGGGAAGAAGAUAGGGUGACUCUCCGGCCGCCACGGAGCAGCAGGACCAAUCCGUUGAUAUGGUGUGUAGCUGGUUUAUGUUUUGUGUUCAGCCUUGUGCUUAUCUUCUUCGGGAUAGCUACUUUGAUUGUGUUUCUUGCGGUUAAACCAAGAACCCCUGAAUUUGACAUCCCCAACGCAAGUCUACACACAAUCUACUUCGUCUCGCCGGUGUAUUUCAACGGCGAAUUAUCGAUGGUGAUGAACUUCACUAACCCUAAUAAGAAGAUGGAAGUGAGGUAUGAAAAGCUUACGAUAGAGCUCUUCUUCUUCGAUAAAAAGAUUGCGAUGCAAGGGGUCCAGCCAUUUUCGCAGAGGAAACGGGAGACAAGGUUGGAACCAAUCCGUUUGAUCUCAAGCUUGGUCUUGCCUGUGAACCAUGCGCUGGAGCUUAGUAGAGAGGUGCAGAACAACAAGAUAGAAUAUCAGAUUAGGGGUACCUUUAAAGUGAGAGCUCAUUUUGGGUUGAUUCAUUACCCUUAUUGGCUACACGUAAGCUGCCAUCUUCAGAUGACCGGUCCACCAAUCGGAAUCCUAAUUUCUCAUAACUGCACGACAAAGAGACGAUGAAAAAGGUUGUCCCAGUCAAAUUCAAAGUCUCUAGUAGCUUUGGCAUGUUAUGUAAGUAUAGAUCUAUUUUUUGCUUACCCACAAAAUGUAUAAAAGAACAAGACCUAGUGAACUCUAUCCAAGAACAUAGAGUUUGUAGUAUAAUUUCCA